UUCCCUUUGGGGUCUACUCGGGAUGAUGAAGUCUGGUGGAGGUUUCGGUGGCAGACCUAGAGCCCUACAGUAAAUCAGCCCUUUAAUUCAGUCUUGACAUGGUUCCAUGGGUGAUUUUACAUCCCAUGAUUUAUUUAGCUAUGAGCAAUUCUCUUAAAUGUCCAAAGCCAUUUUGUGUUUUUGUCUUACUCUAAAGCAGGUGACUAGGGAGAAUACGCGCACAGAAGCCUAUCAGGACAGCUGGUAGUGACAGGAAGCGGUAACUUGUUGGUUUUCUUUUCCUUUCUGUUGAGUUAUGGUAAUGUAGCAUGAGCAUUUCCCUUUUCACCAGAGAAGGAGGAUUUGUUCGGCCUGGUGAAGCUUCAGAAGGAAGGUGUUUAACGAAAUUGGUUAUUUUUAAAUAUUUUGCGACUCAAAUAACAGGAUACAAUGAGCUUCAGAGGAAAGGUUUUUAAACGGGAGGCCAGUGAAUUUUGGAAGAAGAGAAGAACUGUGAGGAGAAUAAAUCAAGAAGAAAUCCACAGAUUUAGCUCUCAGGAAAAGCCCAGGCUCCUCGAGCCUUUGGAUUAUGAAACUGUCAUUGAAGAACUUGAAAAGACCUAUCGGAAUGAUCCCCUUCGAGAUCUUCUGUUCUUCCCCAGUGACGACUUUUCAGCAUGGGAGAAAUCACUUUGCAUCUGUAUUUCAAGUACCCAACGCAAUGUCAGGCUCGUGGGCUUUCAGUGAAGAUUAUGGAACAUUGAGUUACAAUCGUCUUCUUCCUGGUGAAGGAGCUGAGGUAGAAGCAUUUUCCGUUGUCUUGGCACAUCCAGUGCGUGGGUCCUGGGAGCAGGCAUUACCAUCUUCGGGACCACUUGCAUCAUAAUGAAUCGCUAGGAAUAAGGAGUCUAGAUGCAAUUCUUAACUCAUUCAUUUCAAAAACAUGUGCUACUUCACUCAUUGUAUUUGCGACUCUUGCUUUUCUCAUCUUUCUUUUUGAAGCAGUUAGUAAUAGAAACUUAGGACCAAAAAGUAAGGAACUUAGUCACCAAAUUGUGGUUUCGUAAAAUAGGCAAGGAGAGUAAGGAAGGAAAAGCAAGAACUAAAGAACAGUUUCAAGGACACACUGAAUCAUAGUGUUGAGUGAUUCAGUUUGAGAAGAGACUGAUUUAAAAAAAAAAAAAAACAGCAGAACAAAAAAUGAGAAAGCCAGAAAUGAGUUUCCUGCUGAAUAACAGAUACAGAAAGCCUGAGGUGGAAUCACCUCUGGACUUACAAAACCUUAAAUAAGAAUGUUCAGAGGUCUGCCAGCUAGGACGCUGUGGAAGGCCACCCAAUCACCUGCAUUUCAAGCCUGCCCACGCCAGCCAAACUGCUCUACUUCAGCUCAGCUCUAUGGCUUACCUUCUGUGAGUUAAGCUGCAUAUAUCAACAGCACCAGUAUGAACAAGAAGCAGUGCUUACACGUGAAAGGUUAUGCUUUUGACACUGGGCGGUGCCAUUUUCCAAAGUCAAAAGUCUAUGUUGCACAUGGGAAAUGGCCUGCCUGAAGAGUUACACAGUCUUCUCAAAUCCCCUCUUCAUCUCAGUCGUUCGGAAUUAGUGUCUCCCGGUUCCCCAGGGUAUCCUGCAGUUUUCAUUGGCUCAUUAUUAUUACUGAGUGAAUCGUGAAUUCUUAACAUACCACUGGCUUAUUCUUUCCACAGUAUGUUUUUAGCUAUAAAAAGCAACUGGUGUAUGGGGACUUCCAGACUCAACCGCGUAGGUCAUUUUGGUGAGAGGAAGCAGAAAGACCUCAAUAUCUUUUAAAUUGAAAAGCAGAAAGGUUCUGAGUCAUUUGUGUUUUCUUCUUCUUCUUCUUCUUGCUUUACCUAACAUUUUAUAGAACUCUCAACCUCUUUUUGGUCCUUGGCUUCUGAGCCUGAAAAGUAGGCUUUAAGUGGCUCACAGUGUUCAUGCAAGAACAUUGUAAUUGCAAUUUAAAAGCUAAGUGACAGUCUUUGUCAAACUAGAUUAUUUCUAAGUUCUAAUAUUCCUCUCGUUUAUAAGCUAAUGAGGCUGAGAUUUGCAAAGGCUCUUGUUCAAGGGUGUAGAGUAUCUGUGAGGACAGAAAUCAAACACGAGCACCUUGACUUGCUAUUUGCGUUUCUGUCUACACAGCAUGUUUAUGGUCAGCUGCUUCUUAGAAAAGUAAGAUGCACGAUUAGGGGAAAUACUAAUUCCCUGAAUCCCACAAUCGGUACCAUCAGAAAAUUGAUAUGGUAGUGAAGAAUUCUAGAGUGCUUAUUUCAGUUGAGUAAGAAUAUGUGGGGACUUCUCUGGGCUUGAUCGAACUAGGAACAUAGACACAAAAAGUGUA